AUGGAAAAAAGGAUUUUCGUAAAUUCCUUUGAAAAGAAUUUUAUCUUCCCAGCAUACGUGUCUGGGAUCAUUGGGUUCACUGAAAUUGUUGGAGAACCUCUCUCUUGAUACCUCAGAUGGUUCUGGAUGAUUGCUAUCGCUAUAGCAGCUAUCACAAAGUUUUUGAAGCUGAAUUUAUCAUGAAGAUUUGAGAUUGUGCUCAAAGCAUUGAUGAAUUUGAUCAUAAUUGGUUUUCUUACUCUUGUCUUACCAGACUGGAUGUAUCCUAAUGUCAUAAAAGCAGUCUUGACAACUUUAGCACUGAAGAGAAUUACUUCUGAUGCUUAUUUCUUUGUAUCUGAUCCAUCAGGUCCUUAUGGAGUAGGAAUUAAGGAUGUAAUUAUCAAAGGAAAGACAACUCCCAUGUGUUCUAUUGUAUAUCCAAUCGAGAAGGAAGAAUACUUGAACAAUGUUGAGAGCUCCUCGAGAACUCUCAUAUAUAACAUGGAUGGGGAAGAUGAAAUAAAAUGUCUCCUGAAAUUGGUCCCUUUAGCUAAACAAGUGUACAAAUCAGAUGCUUUGGAUAAAAUGCCAACCAAUGCUACCUUCCUAGACCUUGUUUUCAGAGAUAGCUAUUUGUACCGUAUUAGAGCAAUCGUUGAUGGAAAUCUUCAUAAAGAUUUUAAAUCUGGAGUCAAAAAGCUAACUCCUGUAAUUAUAUCUCAUGGAUAUGCUGGAAGGAGAGCACAACAUCUUGUUUUAGCUUCUUUCUUGGCAAGUUAUGGAUGAAUUGUAUACACUCUUAAUCACACAGGAGGCUCAGCCACUGUUUCUAGAGACUAUAACCAGGACCCUCUCAAAGUACAGUAUCCAAUAAUUUACGAUUUUGAUACAAAGCAAGAUGCCAAUGGUAACAAGUAUGAUCAAGAAGAAUUUGAUUUGAAAGUGGUUAAAGAUAGAAUUGUAGAUUUUGAAGUUUUGCUAGAUUAUAUCAAGAAUGAAUCAAUGAAGGAGUUCGAGCACAUUGAUGCAUCUAAGUUGGCUGCUUUUGGUCAUUCAUUAGGAGGGAUGACUAUACUUGAAUUCAGUAAACUUUAUAAGAAGGACGUUAAAGCAUGCAUUUGUUUUGACCCAUAUCUUAGCGCCAGACAUAAAGAUAUCAACAAAGGAGAGGAAUACUUUAUUACACAACCAUUACUUUUUAUGAACACUGUCCUCUUCAAUGAUGCUCCAAUACUCGACUGAUAUGACCAUACCAAAACCAGGGACAAGUUAUUUGAAGAUACAAUGAAGAAGAAUGGAAACCAAGGCUAUAAUAUUAUGGUAGAAAAUUCGGGUCACUCCUCUCAAAGUGAUGAUGCAAUGCUCAAGCCUGUCCUCAGGAGCAAAAUGAACGCAGCUGGAACUGGCGAAGCAGUAGGAGAGAAGUAUCUUGAAUUCAUUAAUACAUCUCUAGCGUUCCUUGAGAAAAAUAAGCUAUUGCCUGUUGAGUUCCCUAAAGGAUUGAGUCCCCAUAUUAGCUAAAUAAAAAUCGCAUUAUCUUCAA